UUUAAAAGAUGGCUGCGCCCGUUCAACUGCUGAGUGUGAUCAUUAAACCAGAGCUAAAUCAUCUAUAAAUCAAAGCUUAGUAGGGGCUAUGUCUAUAAAUUUACUUUUACUAAGAUUCACCAAAGGAAGUAGUCGUAAAUAUUUCCUUUCAAGUUGUUUAUCUUGUUUUCUACCAACUGAAUUUAAGUUGCUAAAUCUAGGCCAAAUAUCGUAUUCGUACUCUGUACUACAAAGUUCAAGAAUAUCCGUCCUCUCGAAACGCCUGUCGUCGGCCACUGAAGCUUGUAUCGAAGGGCUUACUCGGCCUGGCCUUCGGUCUAUGUCAUCGAAGAACAUGUCUACUUCUAAUAAUGUAUCGUUGAAUGAAGAAGUAGUAGAAACUGGAAUAGACGUAGAAGAUGUACCUAAAGAAGAUAAACAAAGGCGAUCAAAAAGAAAGAGAAAGCAGUCAGAUACCAAUAUUUGUGGAGUUUGCAAUGAGGUUUGUGAAGGUCGGUCAGUUUACUGCGGUAGCUGCAACGUCUGGUAUCACUACAAAUGCGAAAGCAUAACACGUUCUCCAAGAUCACUUGUGCAAGUAAACAGUUUAUUACGAGAAUAUAUUUGUACAACAUGCUGCCAGAAUCAUAAUGGUCUCUACAAUUUUGAUUCGGCGAUUUCUCGACUGACUGAGUCAGCGGCCAUCGGACAAUUGGAGCAGGGUGUGAGAAUGGAACAAAUCCUUCUAAGAAAUGAAUCGGAAUUCAAUUUGCAACAAGUUUCAAAGAAAACAAAAUAUCAGAUUGAUCGAACUGCUGACCAGAUAUUAAAAAAGUAUGUACCACACGUCACCAGCAUUCCCACGGUCAUUCACGGGGAUGGCAACUGUUUGUUUAGCGCUUUGUCAGUCGCUGUAUUUGGAGACUCAACCAAAGCGGCAGAAUUGCGUGUUAGAACAACGAUUGAAAUGGUUUCUAACCGAGACUUUUACAAGAAGGUGCACGUUAGAUCCGGAUUGCUGCUCGUCUCACCAGACCUCGACGAGGCAUGUGUUGAAUGUGCGCAGAACGGAUGUUUUUCCUCUGCGUGGACUAUCCACGCAGCAUCCUCCGUCCUAGGCCGACCAAUAAGAUCUGUCUAUCCCCCUGUGAAUGGACUGCGUGAUAGAUGUUAUAAGAUACUGGAUCGUACAUUUGCACCACGCAACUUAACGGACAGUAAAGACGUAAUGAUUAUGUGGAGUGGCAAUAUAGUAGGAAAUGAAGAGCUUUGGAUUCCAAACCAUUUUGUACCAUUGGUGUGUACAGUUGAACCGGUUGUAAUAAACAGCACCAUUGACGAGUCAGAACCAUCAAAUGAUGCUCCAAAUGUAUUAACACAGCCAGUUGAAGUUUUAUCAGAAUCUGAUGACUCUACUGCAAUGGUAGUCGAAGCAUCUCCACCUGACAAAUCAACUGCUUUGCAUUUAGCUCUUACCAACUCUUCUCAGAAGGUUUGUGAUGUCGUCAUGAGAGAACUAGACCGCUUCUUGACCCCCAGUGAUGUGUUGAAGGUCAUGAUAACUUACAAACCAACAGUUCGCAGUAUCCCGAAAGGGGUCAAACAGAAUAUUUACUUUGUCAUUGAUAAUAUCAAUCAAUACUCCGACUGCAAAAAGACGCUAUACACGGACGAUUGCGGCCUUUGGAGCAAUAAACCGUCCUGUAAACGUCAUCAUUACAUGUUAGAUGGUCAACGAUUAAGCUACGUGGACUUCAAGAACGGCAAAUACUGUAAAGAUGUUAAAGGAAAACGCUUACCUAUGAAAACGCAGCCAGAUAAAAACAAAAUCAUCGUAUUUAAACGCUACUACGGUACUCUCAAACGGGAUACAGGAUACAGGAAAAGAAUUUCAACUGUCAUAGAAUGCCCGAAAGAAAUGACCUACCUACAAAAUCUAGCGUUAGUGGAGUACCUUGGACUGUACCCACAGGAUGCCAAAAUCAACGGUGACAAUCAGUUACGAUUAUCAUCUGAGUCUGUGGUGGAACAAUUUGACGAAGAUGCAAAAUUUUGGUUUCACACAUAGAAUUUUAAAGAGCAUACCUCAUUCAUGUUAUGUUCCAAAUUUAAAGUGGAAUCACAGAGUGUUUGUCCAAAAUGGUUUGCUGCAAUGUAUGAUUAUGAAAUUAAAAUAAGAAAACCAGAGGGCACACUCCAGGACAUUUAAUCCUGUAAAUUUGAAGCAAAAAUGUAGAAUGCUGUUAAAGUGAAUGCUACAAUGCAUGAUGUAGUAAGGUUAGUCUAGUUUGCACUAUAUUUCUUAAGCGCCAUUCAAACUGUCCACCCAUAUAUGGCAUGAUGAUAGUCAUAUCACUCCCAUAUAUAGUAUAUAUUCUGGAAGCAGUUCUGCGCAGCAGAAAAGGUUUGGUUUCCCUAGCUUGAGGUCAGGGUUUUAAUCCCUCGCCCCUUAUAUGGACCCAAUGACCAGGGAAAGCAAAGCGCUUUGUAACCUCCAUCCACUUAUAUAUGGGCAUGAUGAUUGUCAUAUAUGGGCAUGAUGAUUGUCAUAUAUGGGGGGAAAAUCACAUGUAUUACAGUAGUUUCAUUAAAUUUGUGGACAGACAUUCAGUUUGUUUGAAUGUCUGAUAAUGCCAAGUAUGCGGUAUUGGAUAUUUGUUUGAUCAAACAACCUUUUUGGAGUCAGACAGACAAAAGUAUAAUAUUACAGUAAUGUAUGUGGUGUUAAAAACUUUUUUUCCUGCAUUGUAUUUAUUUCAUAAGAUGUAAUGUUGAUGAUAUAGUUAUGAGUGAAUAUGAUUACUGUACAUACUAAUAAUGUAUACAUGGUGCUAAAAAUUCUUUUUUCUGCAUUGUAUUUAUCAUGAAGAGAUGCAGUGUUUAUAGUAGUUAUGAUUGAGUACAUACUAAUAAUGUAUAUGGUGCUAAAAACUCAUUUUUUCUGCAUUGUGUUUUUAUCGUAAGAUUCACUGUUGAUUAUGUAGUUAUGAAUGAAUACUUAAGAGUACAUACUAAUAGUGUAUACUUGGUGCUAAAAAUGUUCUGCAUUAUAUUUAUCAUGUAAGAAUCAAUGUUGAUAAAGUAGUUAUUAGUGAAUUUUCAUACAAUUACUGUGUGCUAUGACCAUUGUACUGGAAUAUUUAUACAUUUUUAAUAAAGUUCCUUAUAUUAAUGGAAAAUG